GUUUGGUUCAUCUGUCAAACGCUUGGUGGCUCCGACGCCCAUGUUCCACAGACAAUCUCAUUUUGAUGUCGUUUCCGCCCGCCAGACUUUGGAAACAAGUAUCUAGGUAGGAGGAGGAUUCAUUGUACCAAAAAUGGCCCAGAUGAAAUGUGUCAACCUCGUUCUAUCACCAAUGUCUUGCUCCUUCUCCCCAAGGGCUGCCGGACACCACCUUCCUUUGCCAGCCAGAUUGGAAACCAGUCGACUCAGAGCCUCUUUGCCUUCCGCCGUCUUCGACCUGUGAAUGUUGCCAUGUCGUAUCACUCAACUUUUGGGCACCCUUUCAACUUUGGUCGUUUGGUCCCUCAAAUGGGAAUUUUGACCGUUGGCUCUCAUUUUGUCUUCCAUCGUUGAGGUCCUAUCUUUUUGCGAGUUUAGCUAAUGUCCUAUUGAUAAAUCAUGACGGCUCAGCUUUUGCCGUCCGUCAUUACGAGUCCAUUCAGCAGACAUUUCGAUACCAGAGCGAACAUCUUUUCUGGCUCAUGGACAGCAUACCCAUCUCGUCCAACCCUCUCCUCAACCUCAUUGAAGCCGUUCUGCAUUCACCAGGAUCCGCAAACUUCUUCCGCUUCGAACCUCUCCAUUUCAUCGGCUCCUGUGCAGGUAAACAAACGAGAUCGUGAUCUGCCGUGCAGCGAGAACAUCCUUCCCGGAAUACCGCUUCCAAGUCCAGAGCUUUCGUCAACCAACGGCCUCAAACUACACUCAAAACACUAUGAAUCUCUGCCAAUAGCCGAAGACUCGAAAUUGCGUUCCCUUCAACCUACUCACUCAGAUGUGCGCGUCGCGAGCCGACCUACUCAGGGGUAUCUUGCUAGUCCAAGUCAGGCUCGCCAACCGCUGGCAGAGCUGCACAAUGCGGAGAAGCGCACACACGGCGUGCACCAUGAUAUCGGCGCAGGGAAUCGAGAACACAACAGGCUUCGCACGUCGUUGUCCACGGAGGCAUGCUUCACCGAACAAGAAAAACGCUGCGAUCUGAGUACCCAUCCAAGAGAACACACUCGGGACUGGUUUAGUGCCGUGGAUGAGACUCCUCAAUCUCUCAUCGAGACACCAUUCCUUGCAGACACCUCGGACGACACAUCGAAGGCAGGGCUGCACUCGGGUUUGCACCGAAAGAGACACUCUACCGCAUCAUCCGGCUUCGUGCACACCAUGAAAACUGCGAGCCUAAGCAAUGCAAGUUUCAGCCUCGUUCCUCGCUCGCUCCGUAUGGGUCGGUCAACAGACAGUACUUAUAUCUUCAGCUCUAAUGCAAGGCUUUCGGUGGAGAGCGACCGACCGUCAACAUCAGCAUCCGUCGACGAAGCCGCCUUUCGAAGAGCCAUUAAAAGGAGGCAGAUUCUUGUCGAGUUGAUCACCACUGAAGAGAGCUACAUUGCUGAUCUGAAGGCCCUAAUCUACUUAUAUUCGACACUUCUGGCGACAAUAACGGUCACAUGUCGGGUCAGGUCAUCUGUCCUGAGGAACGUUCACGAUCUUCUUUCCGUUCAUGAGAGACUCCUGGAGCGGUUGCACCAGGCCGCAUAUGAGGCUGCAGCACGAAAGUGGGCAGAUACAACCUCUCCCCGGCAUCUCGGAUCGCCUCCAUAUCACAAGCGGUGGAGAAGCCUCGAGUCCAGCGUCGCUGCCAAAAUCGGGCGCAGCCAUCGUCGAACGCGCAGCUCGAUGGAAUCAUCCGAAAUGUCACGCAGUCGGACGUACUUAGGUGGGGCAGAACCAAGGGAUGUAGCUGACGCGGCGGGCAUUUUUAGGGAUUUCCUCAGUGAUUUCUUGGUUUACGAAGAGUACUGUGCCAAUCACAGUCUCAUCUCUCACGAGUUGCAACGACAUUCUCCAACGCUUUGGUCAACUUAUGAGUCAGGAAUCGAAUCACUGGCAAGGUCUCUUGUUGCUCUCGACCACAAACACCAAAGUGAAAGAAAAGGUCUAACGGUUGGUGAUCUCCUUAUCAAACCGAUUCAGCGCAUGACCAAAUACCCUCUCCUAUUUGAAGACCUUUUGAGGCAGACACACGUGGCCGACUGUCCUAGUGCACAUGCCGAUCUAGAAGCAAUCUUGAUGUGUUUAAGAGAAGUUGUUCAAACAGUCAACAAAGCCACGGAUAACCAUGAAACUCGAACUCAGAUUCAACGUCGAUGGUCAAUUCAGACACGAUUGAUUUGCGACCAGGUAUCUUUACGAGCUGAGCAACUUCGAAUGCUGGGAAAUAUCCAACUGAGUGGCGUUCUGCAUGUGACUUGGCAGACUAGGAAUAAUAGAGUCGACGGUCGCUACGCCCUCUGCCUGUUGUUUGACACCAGUCUCAUCAUUGCGUUGCCCGCAGGAGCCACCCCGAAAUUUGAUGUCAUCGCUUUCUUACAUUUACGAGACACCAGGAUUGAGUCGGCGAGUGAUGGUCGAGGACUUCAAUGUCACUCGACGCUUUACACGUGGAAAAUCUGUUUCGAGAUUGGUGGCCACCUGCAUGAGUUCAUCCUGAGUGCCUGUUCAGCCAUAGAGGAAAAUGCUUGGAGAGGGGGCUUACAGAACAAGGAUGCUCCCGGCAGAAGGAUGGAGGAGCAGUUGAACCAGAUUCCCUCGAGCAUCAGCCUCAACCUCAGAUCUAUUGGGCAGGUGUACAGUCAGCAAAGUUCGACCUUGUCCAGGAAUCCUUCGGUCCAAAGAGCGGCCACGGUAGGAAAUCGAACCAACGUUUGCCAAGUUAUUAUUCGAAACACAAACAAUCCGCAAGACUUGCACGAGUUUCGCCAACCUUCAUCUUCGGCCAUCAACCGAUCUCAGUCACAUAUGACAUCCAACAGGGUUGUUGUCCUGGCACCAAAGCGGUCGGAGCGGGCCAGGCUCGAAUCCAGCUUGAGUGAUGUAUGGACAAAGGAGAAACUGCCGUAUCCAGGCAUGAUUGGCUCUCGCGGUGGUCAAAUAAUCAGAGCGUCAGCAGGGUCAUUGGUCCGAAAGCUGAGCCUGGCUUCUAUUCAUGCGCCGUUUUCGAGACGAUCUGGAAGUUUGUCGCUUACAAGCCGCAAGUCGUUCGACCUGUCGAACGAGAGUCGACGUAGCAGAACGAAACAUGCGACACCUGUCUUCGAAGUACGCAAAGAAAGUCUGGACGAGAUGACACCGGCGAGAACGAAGUCGCGCGAGAUACCCGAGGUCGAUACGAUGGAUAAUGUGGUCAGUCGGAUGAUAGGGAGCAGUGUCUCAAGAAAGUUGUCCAUAUCCCAAGGACACCAUGCUCUGGCAAGGAGAGGAACUAAGAGCCAGAAGAUCAGUCAGGAUGCGGGUGGAGCAGAGGUAGGACCAGAGGAUCCAGCAGAGAUAUAUUAUGCUGAAGUGAAGGAGGUGCCAGAGAAGCCCGAGAUUGUGGAAGAAGGACUGGCGGGCAGGAAAAAAAGAUGGAGCAAUCCGCUAGGGAUAUUGAAGGUUCUGUCCGCCGACGGACUUCGCCACAUGUUGUAUUCAAGUAAAUAGCGUACAUAAGGCUAACCAUCG